AUAUAUAUAUAUAGAUAGAUAGAUAGGUAGGUAGUAGUAGAGUACUGAUCAUCAUCAGGCUCCCUCGCCAUCUUCAUCUUCAUCUUCAACUUCAUAUUCUUUCUGUUACAUAUUGCUUAUAAUUCUAUUUCAAGGAGCUGGUAUGGCUAUGGAGGAGGGAGGUGAGAUGGGAGAUUUCUGCAGUGGCUAUCUGGUGGUGAACCCAGAAGAAGCAACCAUUUUGGAUCUCCUUCGCUUGCUGUGCUCCGGUGCUGAUGGGGAAGGAAGAGGGUUCAUAGAUUGCUCGCCGGAGAAGAAGAAGCUGGUUCUUGAAGAUUUCUGGGGGAGAUGGCUCAUCUUCGUCUCCAUUCUAGCACAGAAAGUCCUUCAAUUGUGCAAGAAGCCCAUGGCCCAGAUAGGGUCCCUGCUCGAGCUCUGGCUCAAUCUCUUGUCAAGCAAUGGCGGCACCCUCCCCAAACUCUUGCUCAAUAUCUUAAGAGGGAAGGUGGUGAUACCAGAUAGAGGGUCUGCAACAUUCUCGUCGGUGAUCGGAAAUCUUGACGAGCGAGUAGAAUUAGACCGGCGAAUCAGGUGGUAUGAUCAUGGUGACAGAAUGAGGUAUGAAGCUUCCUUGGCCGUCAUGGCUGCAAAGUUGUCAUACGAGAAUGAGGCCUUCAUCCGCACCGUAGUCACAGAUCAUUGGGAGAUGACAUUCUUGGGUUCCUACAACUUCUGGAAUGAUUAUCAGGAAAAACUAUCAACACAAGCCUUCAUGUUCAAGGACACCAAAGCUGAUCCUGAGCUCAUCGUGGUGGCAUUUAGAGGCACUAGCCCUUUCGACGCAGAUGAUUGGCAGGUGGAUGCCGAUGUCUCGUGGUUGGAGCUGGAGGGUGUCGGCAAAAUGCACGCUGGCUUCAUGAAAGCCCUCGGCAUGCAAAAGGGGAGGGGUUGGCCAAAGGAGAUUGCCCAAGAAGGGGAACGAGCUUAUGCCUAUUACGCCAUCAGACAGAAGCUGAGGGAAACUAUGGAGAAGGAAGAGAGGGCAAGAUUCGUAGUGACGGGGCACAGCUUGGGCGGAGCGCUGGCACUUCUGUUUGCAGGGAUUCUGGUUUUGCACGAGGAGAGAGAAAUGCUGGAGAGGUUGGAAGGGGUGUACACGUUUGGGCAGCCGAGGGCGGGAGACGAGCAGUUUGGGUUGUUCAUGGAGGAGAAGUUUAGAGGGCAUAACGUGAGGUACUUCAGGUACGUUUACUGCAAUGACAUGGUGCCCAGGCUGCCUUAUGAUGGCAAAGCUCUUUUCUACAAGCACUUCGGAGAGUGCCUCUACUACAACAGCUGCUAUCAAGGAAAGAUUGUAGGGGAGGAGCCGGACAAAAACUACUUCUCCAUGUGGUGGGCAAUUCCGAAGAGCUUGAACGCACUUUGGGAGCUUAGUAGGAGUUUCAUUAUCCCUUACAUGGAGGGUCCAGACUACAAAGAGGGAUGGUUUCUCAGAUUGUUCAGAGUGAUUGGCCUGUUUAUUCCGGGAUUGUCAGCUCAUUCUCCUCAAGAUUAUGUUAACUCUACGCGAUUAGGAUAUUUGCCUAGCACGCUCUAGGGAUCAAUUCAUUCAAGGAGUCGAUAACCCUUCAUUAGACAGGAAGAAAUUAAUGAAGUGGUGAUUCUUCUAUAUAUAGAACAGCUAUAGAUUGUAACACAGAGACUGUAGACAGCAAUUGAACUAAUUUUCACUGAGAAAAAAAUAAGACCAGUAAUUUAAAUGCAAAGGGUGUGCUUGAGAA